UAAGCAUUUGAAGAUGACAACCUCAUGGAGCGACCGACUCCAGAAUGCAGCAGAUCUCCCUGCAAACAUGGAUGGGCACGCUCUGAAAAAGUACCGCCGGGAAGCCUAUCACCGGGUCUUUGUAAACAGAAGUUUAGCCAUGGAAAAGAUAAAGUGCUUUGGUUUUGAUAUGGAUUAUACACUUGCUGUGUAUAAAUCCCCUGAAUACGAAUCUCUUGGAUUUGACCUGACCGUAGAAAGAUUAGUUUCCAUUGGAUACCCUCAUGAGCUGCUCAAUUUUGUGUAUGAUCCUGCAUUCCCUACCAGAGGCCUGGUGUUUGAUACCCACUAUGGAAACCUGUUGAAAGUUGAUGCCUAUGGGAACCUCCUAGUGUGUGCACAUGGCUUUAAUUUCCUCAGAGGGCCUGAAACACGGGAUCAAUAUCCAAACAAAUUUAUCCAGAGGGAUGACACAGAUAGGUUUUACAUUCUGAACACAUUAUUCAAUCUACCAGAGACCUACCUAUUGGCUUGCCUAGUGGAUUUCUUUACUAACUGUGACCGGUACACUAGCUGUGAAACGGGGUUUAAAGAUGGAGACCUCUUCAUGUCCUUCAGGAGUAUGUUCCAGGAUGUCAGAGAUGCUGUUGACUGGGUUCAUUACAAGGGAUCGCUCAAGGAAAAGACCCUUGAGAAUCUGGAAAAGUAUGUGGUGAAAGAUGGGAAGCUGCCACUGCUGCUCAGCCGCAUGAAUGAAGUUGGGAAGGUGUUUCUCGUCACAAACAGUGACUAUAAAUACACAGAUAAAAUUAUGACUUACUUGUUUGACUUUCCACAUGGACCAAAGCCUGGGAGUGCCCAUCGGCCAUGGCAGUCCUACUUUGACCUGAUCCUGGUGGAUGCACGAAAACCCCUCUUCUUUGGGGAAGGCACCGUGUUGCGGCAGGUGGACACGGUGACUGGGAAGCUGAAGAUUGGUACCUACACUGGCCCGUUGCAGCAUGGCAUCGUGUACUCAGGAGGCUCUUCGGACACAGUUUGUGACCUUCUGGGGGCCAAAGGGAAGGAUAUCUUGUACAUCGGAGACCAUAUCUUUGGAGACAUCCUCAAAUCCAAGAAGCGCCAGGGCUGGAGGACCUUCCUGGUGAUCCCCGAGCUGGCACAGGAGCUGCAUGUCUGGACAGACAAAAGCGCCCUUUUUGAAGAGCUGCAGAGCCUGGACAUUUUCUUGGCCGAGCUAUACAAGCAUCUGGACAGUAGCAGCAAUGAACGCCCUGACAUCAGCUCCAUCCAGAGACGCAUUAAGAAAGUGACCCACGACAUGGACAUGUGCUACGGGAUGAUGGGGAGCCUCUUCCGCAGCGGCUCUCGGCAGACCCUGUUUGCCAGCCAGGUGAUGCGCUACGCUGAUCUCUAUGCAGCCUCCUUCAUCAACCUCCUCUACUACCCCUUCAGCUACCUCUUCAGAGCCGCCCACGUCCUGAUGCCACACGAGUCCACGGUAGAGCACACGCACGUCGACAUCAAUGAGAAGGAGUCGCCGAUGGCCACGCGUAAUCGCACCUCAGUGGAUUUUAAAGAUUCUGACUACAAGCGGCAUCAACUGACCCGCUCCAUCAGUGAGAUCAAACCGCCCAACCUCUUCCCCCAGGCACCUCAGGAAAUCACACAUUGCCAUGAUGAAGAUGACGAUGAGGAAGAGGAAGAGGAGGAAGAAGAGGAGGAAGAGGAAGAGGAAUAAGAAGGAAAAAGCAAAGCAUCUCUGAAGACAAACCAUGACUCUAGCAGUGAUCAGGAGAGGAUUCCUUUGUUGGGGCCCUUGGGGUGAUGGGUUGGGGGGGUGUGAUUCUUGCAAAGGCACAUUUUGAAAGUGUCCGGAAACUUUUAACAAAUUAACACUAAUUAGGAGGAGACCCUUGUUUUCAGUUUUGCAGACGGUUCACAAAGCUGAUGGAUUCUGCCUGGGUGGUGCAUUCAGAUUGGACUGCCCGCCUGCGUUGUCAUGCUGCUCCCAUUACAUUUAGGGAUGCUGCAUGUUUCUCCCUUUCCCAUGAUGUGUUUCAUUUGAUUUUCAUUUGAAUGGUGUCCUGUGAACGGUUUUUGCCAUU